GUGCGAACUACAACUGCGGUUCGACGACUGCACGAUGAGGUGUAUAAAACUUGGAUCGAGUUAAUUGCCAAGGAAUCGCCAUUUAUCGGCUGCAAGAGGAACACGGGACGAUUGGUGGAUAGAUUCGCUGUGGGGACGGAGCUGGCAACGCGAGGAUUGAAAAUAGAAGAACAAGCUCACGGAUAGUCAUGGGUAUAAUUCUAUGUUGGCGACGUCCUACUUUCGGAAAAGAUCGAUCAGACAUGUCGUGGGAGUCAACCGAAGGGCAGAUCGUUUUGGAUUCGAAAUGUCGAGAGGGUCAACCGAAUAUCGCGUCGUUUUAUGUCGUUUUAUCGCUACGUCGACUUUAAGCUAUCGCGACAAUCGCAUCGCGGCAUAAUAAAAGCCUCCGGCAACGCAAGCCAUGACGUUUCAUCUGGCUGGUAAAAUGAGCAGGAAGCACUUGCACUUGCGUCUUCACGUCAUCCCAGAUCAUAGUUUUAGACGUAGUUGCUGGGAAGGGCAUAUCUGCUCAAAACAGGUACUCAAGUACAUACUUACGCAUACCGAACGUACUCGCAAGUAAGUUGUUCAUCAUUUUGCCAGAUUUUUGCUGCUGUUUUCUGCGUAAUUAUACCGAUUUAAUCAUACUGAUUCCUUACUCGUUUUUUUUUAGAAUGCCUGUCAAGCUCAACAUCAAGCCGGAGGAGAUGAGCCCGAAAAGCAGAGCGGCCACGGAGAAUCUGCGCGAGAAAAUCGAACAAGAGAAGGCGGCGGCGGCGAAGGCGCUCGCAGCGAUUAGCUGCAUCGAAGGCCUCCGUGCCGGAAUGCCACCAGCGCUUGACAAGCGGGCCGCAGACGGUGCACAAAGUGCGGCGGCGCAUAUGCGCGACGGCCUGGCAACUAUCUACAAAGAGGGUCCCCGCGAGAGAGAGCUCGACCGGGUCCGGCUCGCCCUCGAGAAAACGAGCCCGAUAGAAUUCCUGAAGUCUCUGGAAUAUUUUCGCUCCUUUAUUCUGCUUCGUUACUUUCCCGCCUUUUUUCUUUCGCAUAUGAAUAUAUGUUCCAGGGCUCAGGGCGGGAGGCCCCCGUAAGGUGGACCGAACGCCGUAGAGCUGUCCACAUUAGUCCCGCCGCGUAACCCCCCUACUAAAAGGGUGACCCUCUUGCUCUUCUUUGACGCGAGACGCAUGACGCGAGACGCAUGACGCGAGACGCAUGACGCGAGACGCAUGACGCGAGACGCAUGACGCGAGACGCAUGACGCGAGACGCAUGACGCGAGACGCAUGACGCGAGACGCAUGACGCGAGACGCGUGACGCAUGACGCAUGACGCGCCACGCGUGACGCGUGACCCAUGACGCGGCACGCGCGACCCACGGAUCGGCCAGGGAUCCGCGGAUCGAUCGGGGGCCCGUGGGUCGGUCAGUGAUUCGCGAAGCGAUCCGCAAUCCGUGGAUUGCUCAGCGAUCCUUGGGCCGAUCAGUGACCCGCGGAUUGGUCAGUGAUCCGCGGACUGGUCAGUGAUCCGCUGACUCUGAUUGGUCAGUGAUCCGCGGAUUGAUCAGUGACCCGCGGACUGAUCAAAGACCCGCAGACCCGUCAGUGAUCCGUGGCUCGAUUGAUCAACUCAAAGACCCACGGCUCAGCCAGUGACCCGUGCAUUGAUCAGUGGCCCGUGGAUUGAUCAGUGACCCGCGGGCUGAUCAGUGACCCACGCACGGAUCGACAAAGGAUCCCCGGAUCCAUCAAGGGCCCGCGGCUGGAUCAAGGAUCCGCGGAUCGAUCAAAGGCCCACGGAUCGGCCAAGGAUCCACGGAUCGCUCAAGGGUUCGCGGAUCGUUCAAGGAUCCACGGAUCGGCCAAAACCGACCACGGGGCCGGGGAUCGAUCAAGGACCCGCGGAUCGAUCAAGGACCCACGGAUCGACCAAAAGUCCGCGGAUCGAUCAAAGGUCCGCGGAGCGAUCAAAGGCCCGCGGAUCGGUUAAAGAUCCCCAGAUCGCUCAAAGACCCACGGACCACGCGCCGGCCGCCGCGUGACACGUCACGCGAAGCACAUCGCGCGAAUGAGUUGCGUGCUGCGUCACGCUUGAAAUUGAGCCCAGGCGUCUCGUCUCCCCCCCGAAGCUCUCGGCGUCACGCGGUGGGCGUCACGCGUCACGAACAGCUCUGCGGCGUUCCGUAAGUCCUGCGGGAGGCCCCCCCCCGAUCUAACUUUUUGAAGGGGGGGCCUCCCAGCCCCGGACCCUCUUGGCGAGGGGCUGCCGGGCGGGAAGGCCUCAAAGCGCCCACUUCUGACCCCUUCCCGCUUCUUGCAUGUACCCUCCAGACCAGGCAAAGGUGGCAAAGGCUGGACCCCUCUGGCGUGUUGCAUGUGCCCAACACUACAGACCUGGCAAAGGUGGCAAGGGUGGACCCCUCUGGCGAGUUGCAUGCGCCCAACCCUACGCCAAGGGGGUGGGUCCCGCCUUGCCUCCUCUGCCAGCUCUGUCGGCCACACGCAACACGACAAGAGGGCCCAGCCUUUGCCACCUUUGCCAGAUCUGUAGGGUACAUGCAGGAAGCGGGAAGGGGUCAGAAGUGGGCGCGUUGAGGCCUUCCCGAUCCCGCCCGGCAGCCCUUCGACAGACCUGGCAAAGGUGGCAAGGGUGGACCCUUCUGGCGUGGUCCACCACAGAUCCAUCCACAGGGGGGGAGGCCUCCCUCCCUGGUACAUAUAUUGAUCCUUUUUGUUUAACUUGUUCCAAGAAUAACAACGUGAUCCGUUGA